GAGAUAAUUUGUUAAAUAAAUAUCAAAAACUACUUACUUAUUAUAGUUUCGAAGAUAAUUUAUUGAAAGAUUUAAAAGAAAAUUGUGAGAGAAUAAAAAAAGGUGAAGAAGAAUUUGCUGAUACUACUGCUCACGAAGCUGCUCAUGUGCCAACUUGGUAUGAAGUUCCUCCUCCUGAUGGAGAAUUCUCAGACUUCAUUAAUCAACCCUCUUCUAAGGCUAGGUUUAGUGUAAACGAAGAAAUACCUAAUCCUAAAUCUUAUUAUCAAUUGGAAUAUGGAUUUGACCCCAAUGAAGACUAA